AUGAUCGAUUUUACUUUAGCACUAAAGAUGGCGGAGAGAGCGGCUGGCGGCUCUCAGAAAGCUAGCGCUAAGGCGCUGCUUGAGAGCAAACUGAAGUCUUUCAGCAUUGGGAAAAUGGCAGUGGCCAAAAGGACCCUGAGCAAAAAGGAACAAGAUGAAAUCAAGAAAAAAGAAGAUGAGCGAGCAGCGGCAGAGAUAUAUGAGGAGUUUCUUGCAGCCUUUGAAGGUGGAGAGGGCAAAGUCAAGGCCUUUGUUCGUGGUGGUAUUGCAAAUGCAACAAAAGAGGAAGCAGCUGCAGAUGAAAAGAGAGGGAAGUUGUAUAAGCCCAAGUCACGUUUUGAGAGCCAAACCAAAAGCUUCCUACCUCUGGAAACCCCACCUCAAUUUUUAGCAUUAGACAAAAGACACACUCUGAAGAAAAGCAGUGAAAAGGAAAAGAAGAAGAGUAACCUGGAGCUCUUCAAAGAAGAACUUAAACAAAUACAAGAAGAACGAGAUGAAAGACACAAGAUGAAGGGGCGCGUUAGUCGUUUUGAACCUCUGUCUGGCUCGGAUGGAAGACGUUCAUCGGAUGGUUCUUCAAGAAGAAACCGUCCGUCCAGUGUUCUCGACGACUGUGCUCCAGGUUCCCAUGACGUUGGAGACCCAUCCACAACAAAUUUGUAUCUUGGGAACAUUAAUCCACAGAUGAAUGAGGAGAUGCUGUGUCAGGAGUUUGGCCGCUAUGGCCCACUGGCCAGUGUGAAAAUCAUGUGGCCGAGGACCGAUGAGGAGAGGGCUCGGGAGAGGAACUGUGGCUUUGUGGCUUUCAUGAACAGGAGGGAUGCUGAGCGAGCUCUGAAAAACCUUAAUGGAAAGAUGAUAAUGAACUUUGAGAUGAAAUUAGGAUGGGGCAAAGGUGUUCCCAUUCCACCCCACCCCAUCUACAUCCCUCCUUCCAUGAUGGAGCAUACCCUCCCUCCACCUCCUUCUGGUCUUCCCUUUAACGCACAGCCGCGGGAGAGACUGAAGAACCCUAAUGCUCCCCUGCUUCCUCCCCCCAAAAACAAGGAGGAGUUCGAGAAGACUCUGUCGCAAGCCAUAGUCAAAGUGGUUAUCCCAACAGAAAGGAAUUUGCUCUCUCUCAUCCACCGAAUGAUCGAGUUUGUGGUGCGUGAAGGCCCAAUGUUUGAAGCCAUGAUCAUGAACAGAGAGAUCAACAACCCCAUGUACAGGUUUUUGUUUGAGAACCAGAGCCCAGCGCACGUUUACUACCGAUGGAAGCUCUACUCCAUUCUGCAGGGUGAAGCGCCGGCCAAAUGGCGAACCGAGGACUUUAGGAUGUUUAAAAAUGGCUCCUUGUGGCGCCCGCCGCCUCUCAACCCAUACCUGCACGGGCCUUAUGACGACGGAGACGAGGAUGAGGAAGAGGAGGAAGGCAGCAAGAAAGGCUGCUUGAAAGAAGACGAGCGGGACAAACUGGAGGAAAUGCUGCGCGGUUUGACUCCCAGGAGGGGAGACAUCGCAGAGGCCAUGUUGUUUUGCCUGAGUCACGCUGAAGCUGCGGAGGAGAUCGUGGAGUGUAUAACAGAGUCCCUCUCCAUCCUCAAGACUCCUCUACCCAAAAAGAUCGCCCGGUUAUAUCUCGUUUCUGAUGUGCUCUACAAUUCAUCUGCCAAAGUAUCGAAUGCAUCCUACUACAGAAAAUAUUUUGAGACAAAACUCUGCCAGAUUUUCUCAGAUCUCAACGCAACAUACAAAACGAUACAAGGUCACCUUCAGUGUGAGAACUUCAAGCAACGAGUGAUGUCCUGCUUCCGGGCCUGGGAGGACUGGGCUGUCUACCCAGACCCCUUCCUCAUAAAGCUCCAGAACAUCUUCUUGGGUCUAGUUAACCUUACUUCAGAAAAAGAACCUCCAGCCGUCGUGGUGGAGCCCGAGCCAGUGGAGGACAUUGACGGGGCUCCCAUCGGCGAGUACGUAGACACCUCCAUGCUGGAGGACGUGGACGGAGUGCCUAUCGAUGGAGGGGCCAUCGACGGGGCGCCGAUCGACGGCGCGCCUCUGGAUGACCUGGACGGAGUUCCUAUCAAGCCCAUGGAGGAAGACAUCGACGGAAUACCUUUGGAUCAGUCCAAAGAGGCAGCGUUCAAGGUGGCGCCUUCCAAGUGGGAAGCAGUGGACGAGGCCGAGUUGGAGUCUCAAGCUGUGACGACCUCCAAAUGGGAGAUUUUUGAGCAGCCAGAAGAGACUAAAAACAGGGACGAUGACGACAGCGACGACGACAACCGGAGUCCUCGCUCCGACGAUCAGAGCUACUCCAACCCCAUGAGAGACGACUCGGACAUGAAGACCAAGACGUCAGAGCUGAACGAGGAGAAGCGCACGAAGCUCAGAGAGAUCGAGGUCAAAGUCAUGAAGUUCCAGGAUGAGCUGGAGUCUGGAAAAAGACCCAAGAAGUCUGGUCAGAGUAUUCAGGAGCAGGUGGAGCACUACAGAGACAAGCUGCUACAGAAGGAAAAAGAAAAGGAGAAACUUGAACGGGAAAAGGAGAGGGAGAAGAAAGAAAAGGAGAAAGCCGAGGCCCGCUUGAAAGAGUUAAAGAAGGAGAAGGAGAAGGAAGACACACCAACCAGGAAGGAGAGAUAUUUGUCCCCUCCGGUUGAUAGGAAGAGGCGUCACAGCGGGUCGCCCAGCCCGACGCGCAGCAGCAGCCGACGAGGCCGCUCGUCCUCGCCCCGGUCGGAGCGCUCGGAGAGAUCGGAGCGCUCCGACCGGUCCUACUCCAAAGACACGUCGUCCCGCUCGUCACAUAAAGACUCCCCUCGAUCCAGCAACAAGAAGUCUUCAAAGAGAUCUCCAUCGUCGCCUCGCACACCCAAACGAUCCCGGAGGUCGCGCUCCAGGACGCCCAAGAAGUCCACGAAGAAGUCCCGCUCCAAAUCCAGAUCCCCACACCGAUCCCACAAAAAGUCAAAGAAGAGCAAACACUGACGUCUUUUCCACCGACACUGCCUCCCCCCACCCCCACUCCCCCCCCUCCUCGCCGUGUGAACGAGUGACUGUCCGGCAGCUCAACAUCUCUGCCCAAACAUCCGUGUGUGGACAAUGAAGAGCGGAUGGUGCUGCAUGGGGUCGCCAUCUGGUGUGUGGAGCAGACGGGGAGGCCACUGCUGUUUUAUAUUGUAAAAAAAAA